UCAAUCACAGAUAACCGUCAGUGUUACAAACUUGCUUGACAAGGAAGGAGGUUGAUCAUUUAAAGUAGUUUAGUUUAGUUAGACAUCAUGGAAGACGAAGUAGCAGCCCUCGUUAUUGAUAAUGGCUCCGGUAUGUGUAAAGCCGGUUUUGCCGGGGAUGACGCCCCCAGAGCCGUUUUCCCUUCCAUUGUCGGCCGACCAAGGCAUCAGGGUGUCAUGGUUGGUAUGGGACAAAAAGACAGCUAUGUUGGAGAUGAAGCUCAAUCUAAGAGAGGUAUCCUCACUUUGAAAUACCCCAUUGAACACGGUAUCGUCACCAACUGGGAUGAUAUGGAAAAAAUCUGGCAUCAUACCUUCUACAAUGAACUCCGAGUUGCCCCAGAAGAACAUCCCGUCCUCCUCACAGAAGCUCCACUCAAUCCUAAAGCCAACAGAGAAAAGAUGACCCAAAUUAUGUUUGAAACCUUCAACUCACCAGCUAUGUAUGUUGCUAUUCAAGCCGUAUUGUCUUUAUACGCCUCUGGUCGUACCACUGGUAUUGUACUAGAUUCCGGUGAUGGUGUUUCCCACACUGUACCCAUCUAUGAAGGUUACGCUUUACCACACGCCAUCAUGAGAUUGGAUCUCGCUGGCCGAGAUUUGACCGAUUACCUCAUGAAAAUCCUUACCGAGAGAGGUUACUCAUUCACCACCACAGCUGAGCGAGAAAUUGUCCGAGACAUCAAGGAAAAAUUAUGUUACGUUGCCCUCGACUUCGAACAAGAAAUGGGAACAGCUGCCAACUCAUCAUCUCUUGAGAAAAGCUACGAAUUACCUGACGGUCAAGUCAUCACCAUUGGUAACGAACGAUUCCGAUGCCCAGAAGCUCUCUUCCAACCAUCUUUCUUGGGUAUGGAAUCUGCUGGUAUCCAUGAAACCACAUACAACUCCAUCAUGAAAUGUGAUGUCGAUAUCCGAAAGGAUUUGUACGCCAACACCGUCUUGUCUGGUGGCACCACCAUGUAUCCUGGUAUUGCCGAUAGAAUGCAGAAAGAAAUCACAUCUCUGGCUCCAGCUACCAUGAAAAUUAAAGUCAUUGCUCCCCCAGAACGUAAAUACUCCGUAUGGAUCGGUGGUUCCAUCUUAGCCUCACUCUCAACCUUCCAACAGAUGUGGAUCUCCAAACAAGAAUAUGAUGAAUCCGGUCCAUCCAUUGUCCACAGAAAAUGCUUCUAAACUAAUUAAUUAAGUUAUGAAAAUACUUCAAGAAUUCACCCCAUCAAUAUAAUACAAAUACAGCAAACAUUUCCAUAGAAGCUCAAGCAAUGUAAAGUGAUAUUUUUAGGAGAAGUUAAUAAAGUGUAAAUACAUUUGACUUUCUGUGAAAAAUGUUGUUAGUCUUCGGACAUUAGUCAGACCUUUUAAACCAAUAUCAGGGACUUUGAUGUUAAAGGUCAUGGUUUAUAAUAUACUGACCAGUAUUAUGGUUCAACAAUUUCAUAUUAUUUAUGAAACUUGUAAAAAUAUAAUUUAUAAUUUUGUACAUAUGCCUAAAUGAUUCUUUUGGAUCUUGUUUGUUUUUUUGUCAUACAAUUUUCCCAUGUUUGAAAUAAAAGAACAAUUUUUAAA